AUGCUCCGACACUUUCUAAUACCGAGUUUUUUGAUUUUAUCGUCAUUUUCCACCCCGGAACUCGACUCCGCCCCUUUUACAGACGACCCAUGGGAUUUGGACGGUCCUUGUCAGAAAUAUGUGGAAAAAUUCGCAUAUUAUCAAGCAGAAAUGGUCGCGUGCGCCACAAACUGGUCGAUUCCGCCGAAAGUGUGCACGAAUUGCUAUCAGAACUAUAUAAAUUUCAAGACCUACGAGUUUGAGACGAAGAAUUUGAAUAACGUCUUCUCCCUGGACAAUCGGACCUGUUCUCAAGUGAUCUACGACAAUUAUUUAUUGUCGUAUAGUAGUGAUAUUUCCACUGCGCUGACAUCGAAAAUUUGGGAGAAAUCGAGAUGUGAUUCCUGCGUCACCAUCACCUGGUCCCUACACGACAACAAAUCCGCGCCAACAUUCACCGAUAGAACCAUCCAAUUUCAGCAACGGCUCUACGAAUGGCGAAAUUGUGUGGUAAACUAUACUUCUGGGGACGUUUUGGACCCAAAAAUGGUCCCAAAUGAUCCAAUUUUGACGCCCGAAGACCUGAAAAAUAGCUCAAAAAUCUGUAACGAGUGUAAAUCGGAAUUCGACGAGUUAUAUAAGUUUUAUUGGAAGAUCUAUACGACGCCAGAUGUGGAUUUUUGUGUAGACGUCGAGACGACGAUGAACGAUACGAUUCAUUUGGACGACGUUUGGCAGUGUGCAGAGCGCCAGGACAGAAAUCGAGACCUCUUUGGAAUUAUGGUCACUUUUGCCACGUUGAUGCUCCUGACGGCUCUGUUCUAUGCGGCGAGCUAUAUUCAAGGCGGUGGACAGCAAAGGAAUCUGGUUAGAUAUUCCCGCCUCUCGGAUCCACGUGGACAACGCUCACGUCUUCUGUCUUCUGGAAUGUCAGACGCCGAUUUGGUGCAUCGUUUCGUGUCGUCUACAGUACCCCCCAUUCAUCAGAUGCGAUGA